AUGCACUCCUUCAAUAGACAAGUUUGUGGAUCCAGCCCUGGAGCUUGGGCAAUCGAGCUCAUUCAGGACAGGCAGAGCUCUGUGGCAGCGGAGUGCCCCUCUCCGUGUCAGUGUGAAGAGGAUGGGAUCUUCAUCAUGGUGGACUGCUCUGAGCUGGGACUAUCUGCGGUGCCAGCAAAUCUCAGUCCGUUAAUCACAUACCUGGACUUGAGUAUGAACAACAUCAGUGAGAUUCAGCCCAGAGCCUUCCACCGACUGCACCUGCUCUCAGAACUACGCAUCUCUGGGAAUCAGCUGAGGUACAUCUCGGGCCAAGCUCUCCAGGGCCUCCACAACCUGAAAGUUCUGAUGCUGCAGAAUAACCAGCUCGAGAAACUACCACAGGACUCUUCAUGGGACCUGCCCAAUCUCUUAUCAUUGCGCCUGGAUGCCAACCUGCUGUCUGAGGUCCCAUCAGGAGCCUUCAGAGGGAUGCACUCGCUCCGACACCUCUGGCUGGACGAUAACUCGCUGCGAGACAUCCCAGUGUCUGCUCUGGACUCUCUGCCCGCACUGCAGGCCAUGACACUUGCGCUGAACAAGAUCACUCACAUCCCAGAUUACGCCUUCACAAACCUCUCUGCACUUGUAGUUCUGCAUUUACAUAACAAUCAGAUCCAGAGCAUGGACGCAAGAUGUUUUGAAGGGCUACAAAGUCUAGAGACCCUGGAUUUAAACUACAAUAACCUCCAAGAGUUUCCUGUGGCCAUCCGGACUUUGAGCAAGCUUCAGGAGCUGGGCUUCCAUAACAACAAUAUAAAAGCAAUACCUGAAAAGGCUUUUGUGGGAAACCCACAGCUCCAGACAAUUCACUUCUUUGAGAACCCAAUACAGUUUGUGGGAAAAUCUGCCUUCCAGUUUUUGCCCAAACUCCACACUCUGUCUUUGAAUGGAGCCACGCAGAUUGAAGAAUUUCCAGAUCUUAAAGGAACAACUAGUUUGGAAAUAUUGACUCUCACAAGAGCCGGCCUCUCUGCCCUGCCCCUGGACCUGUGUGAGCAGCUGCCUCGCCUAAAAGUCCUGGAGCUGUCCUACAAUGAAAUAGACGUCCUGCCCAGUUUUUACCACUGUUCAUCAUUGCAAGAAAUUGGACUGCAGCACAAUCUGAUUAAGAAGAUUGAGUCCAUUACUUUCCAUCAUCUUAACUCUUUAAGAACACUAGAUCUAAGCUGGAACUUGAUAGAGUGGAUUGAUCCCAAUGCAUUUGCCUUUCUUCACUCUUUGGUCAAACUGGACCUUAGUGAGAAUCGCCUCCACUCACUACCGGUUGGAGGCUUGGCGUCACUCACUCAUCUCAAAUUAAGAGGAAAUACUGAAUUAUAUGAUGCGUUCAGUCCGGAUAAUUUCCCACAAAUGAGGAUCAUUGAGAUGCCCUACGCAUACCAGUGCUGCAUGUAUGGAUCUUGUGAGGCGUAUAAAGUGGGGAACCAGUGGGACACCGAACAGAGCAAUUCAGAUGAAGACCUUCAUAAGAGAACCGUGGCCAUGUACCCAAUUCACGCGGACACAAACUAUGACCCUGACUUGGAAGAGUUUCAGCUUGAAAUGGAAGAAUCUAAACUUCAAACAAGUGUACAGUGCACACCUAUUCCAGGUCCGUUCAGGCCUUGUGAUUCCCUGCUGGGCAGCUGGCUGGUCCGCGUGGGGCUAUGGUGCAUCUCUCUCAUCUCUCUGCUGGGAAACGCCCUGUUGCUGCUCUCCCUCUUCAUCUCUCCAGGAUACCUCUCACCUCUGCGCUUCACCGUGGCUUGUAUGGGGGCCUCUAACCUGCUUGCAGGAGUGUGCAUGUGCACUCUGGCUCUGGUGGAUGCCCUGACCUACGGAGACUUUGGACAUCACGGAGCUCACUGGGAGGGUGGCCCUGGCUGCCAAGCCACUGGAUGGAUGUGGGUGUUUGCCUCAGAAGCAAGUGUGCUGCUGCUAACUCUGGCAGCGGUGCAAUGUGGAGUUAGUGUGACAUGUGCACGGGCCUAUGGGAAGUCUCUUUCUAUGGGCAGUGUACGCUCAUGUGCACUCUUCUGCCUCACUUUGGCCUUGUCUCUCGCUUCGCUACCCCUGCUAGGCAUCGGGGAGUACGGCCCCUACCUGCUUGUCUCAAUCCUCUGCUCUUCCUUCUCUUCACUCGAGACCAGUCACAGUUUUUUCUAUGGCCACACCCAAAAGACCACCCUCAGUUGCGACGAGAACGGACCUUGGACUCACUGGUUUCGGUGGAGACGGAGAAGAGCUCCUGCUCCGAGUCCUCCACUCAGUUGUCUCUUGGAGAAGCUGAUGCACUCUGCACUAAAGGCCCCUCAGCCCAAACUCGACUGGAUCCAAUCAGAUUUUCUCAAUGCUCUUCCACCUCCACCUCAUCUUCUGUCCCUCUCAUCACAUGUCAAUUCCUUUCUUCCAAUAGAGACAGGACAUCACACAGAGGAAGCCUUGUUGGCAAUGAACUUUUGA